AGAGACGUGGCUCGAGCCGGGUCCAUUCUUGGCGCGCCCAAUGCAGGUCAGGCUUGGCCAUGUGGGAUUACGGUGGUAGUUGGACUUCCGGAAGGGAGCCGGAUGGAAUUUUAUCUGGCCCAGGUCGCCAGCUGCAAUCGGAUUCGCAGGGAUGGCCUGUGGAUCAAGGAUAUUUAUCUGGCCCAGGUGGCCAGCUGCAAUCGGAUUCGCAGGGAUGGCCUGUGGACUACGUAGACGAUGGUAUGCGACGGCAGGUGCAGGAGGUUCUGCUGAGUCAAGCAUUGGGCUUUGAACAGACGAACCAUCGAAAAGCGUUUGGGCCAAUGUACUUCCAAGCAUUCGGAGCGCGAGAUCAGGAUGCCACGCCCUCGGGGAAGCCACAGGCUUUCUCGAAUCAAUUCCGGCGAAUGAAGGAGGAUUGGCGUCCGAAUCGCGAUCCGCGGUUUUGGUACAAGAAGCAGGCUUACAACAACUACAAUCCGGAGGAGCCGCCCUUCAAGGCCGCUCGAGCAGGGAAGGAACUCCGCGCACUCUUGGAUUUCUACUUCGAGCCUUUCAACCUGCAGCACAACAAGUACCUUCUCGACCUCAUCGCGCAAAAAAUUGGACCCUCGAAGGCACUCUGGACCAGAAGCCAGCUGGCAGAGCUUCGUUUUGACCCAGAGGACCUGAUGGGGCUGAAUCGCAUCGCGGCGAGCAUCUCGCGAAUGCGCCACAGCGGAGCCGAGUUGCUGCCGCUGGACGACCCUGAAGGCCUUGGCUUCAGGGUUCGGAGCCGCUUCUGGCAUCCCAGGGGCGAGAAACCCACCGCUGACUUCUCCCUCAAGAAUCUGCGCUUCACACAGAGCAGUGAAUUCAUUCUGAACACACUGCUCGAGGUGAGGGGCUUUGCAACUUUGGACACAGCAGAACAUGUGGUGGCUCACCUCAUAUCACCGUCCACCGAGAAAGUCAAGGUCCCAGACAAGGUGUUCAGCGUGACUUCCCUGAACUGCGAAGGCAUACGAGAGGGGAGCAUUCCGGAGAGCAACGUGCAGUCCACGGAGGCGGCCGUGUCUGGCAAACGAGAUCGAGCUCUGCGAGCACUAGCCCUGGGUGCCUGUGCGUACUUGGCAAGCUGCGCGCCUGUGCAAUGCCGGCCAAACUUUACUGUUACAGAUGGGCUCGCGAGCGCUGCUGUUCUUGGCACCUCGUCGUGGCUGUGCUACGACUGGCUGCUUCGCCAGCGGCUGCAGAAGCCAUAUCUUGAAAUGCGCGUGGUGGAUGCGACUAUCAACAAUCAGGCUGAGGUGGAAGAGCGGGUGGGCAACCUGACCUCCAGCAUAGAUGGAGUGGAAGCUGCCACAGAAGGAUGGCAUCGUCUCUACAGCCCGUCUUUGACAUCUGUGGUGUGGUUUUACCAAAGCGAACAUUUGAGAUGUGGGAAGGCCGGGAUUUUGAAGAUGGUCUUGGAAAAAGAUGACCAGAUGCUUGACAACCCGUACCCAAAGCUCUCAGGUCCUCGAAGCACCCGGUUUCCGCAAGCCAUUGAGCACCUUUACGUAGCACCAAGAAUUCGUCGAAAGCCCGGGGCCGUGGGAUCCGUGACGGGCUUUGCCUGGAAUGCCCCCAACGGCUCUGAGCUGAACAUCAGCGCAGGGCAGACUUUGGUGAGCCUUUCCUUCGUGUCAGGCGGAGUGCUCCGCCUGCGCCUGGCGCCCAGCGGCGACAUCUCGGACCCCAUGCACUCGGAGAUCGUGACGCUUCCGGGAGCAGCGCCAGGCGCGAAGUUCGCGAAGACGGCGGAUGGCUUCGAGUUUGCCAGCGGCGGGGUGAAGGUCACUGGGUCGUUGGACCCGCUGCUGCUGACGCUGCACCGGGCUGAAGCGGUGGUCUGGCAGGAGCUGGAGCCGAUGGCUUGGAACACCACCAGUACCUGGCAAACCUUGGCGAACGACGGGGAGAGCUUCUAUGGCUGCGGCAUGCAGAAUGGCUACUUCGACCACACCGGGCGCUUUGUUCUCAUCCGCGAGGGUGGUGGUUGGGAUGCCGGCGGCCGCGCCAACCCGGCGCCUUUCUACAUGUCGUCCAAGAGCUACGGAGUGCUGCGCAAUACCUACAAGCCUGGAGGGUAUAAUUUUUCGCAGCGCGUCAUGCUCUCGCAUGACGAGCCCGGGCUUGACGCCUUCUUCUUCAUCGGCACAUCCAUGAAAAAGGUCUUGAAUCUGUACACAGGCAUUGCUGGGAGACCAGUCCUGCCGCCCCUUUGGGGCCUUUUUCUCGGAGACUCGGAUUGCUACAACAACAAGCGUCACAAGGAGACCUCCUCGGCGCUGGCCGUGGCCAAGAAUUACUCCCGUCACCAGAUGCCCCGAGGCUGGAUGUUGGUGAACGAUGGAUAUGGCUGCGGCUACACCUCGCGCAACAUGCUCCAGGAGACUCAGGAGGGUCUGGAAUCGAAUGGGCUUCGCAUGGGCCUGUGGACCUCUACGGGACUUGCCAAUGCCAGCUGGGAGAUUGGCAAUGCACGCUCCCGCGUGAUCAAGACAGACGUGGCCUGGGUGGGCAGCGGGUACCGCUUCGGCCUGCAGGCAGUGAAGCUUGCCGCGCAGCUCAUGGUGAACGCCUCCGACAGUCGGCCCUACACCUGGACGGUCUGCGGCUGGGCGGGAACCCAGAAGUACGCCGUGAUUUGGACCGGAGACAACAGCGGUAGCUGGGAGUACAUUCGCAUGCAAAUUCCGACCAUGAUUGGCAGUGGCUUGAGCGGAUUUGCCCACGCUACUGGAGAUGUUGAUGGCAUUUUCGGAGGCUCUGCCGAGACAUAUGUGAGAGACUUGCAGUGGAAGACAUUUCUGACAGUCGCUAUGACCAUGAGUGGGUGGGCAAAGUAUGACAAGCAGCCGUGGGUUUAUGGCGAGCCUUACACCAGCUACAACAGGAAGUGGCUGCGAUUGAAGGCCCGCCUGACGCCCUACUUAUACUCUUUGGCUUUUCAUGCGCAUCUCACCGGGGAGCCGCCAGUCCGCGCCAUGCAACUGGAGUUUCCCACUGAAAAAUGGUCCAGCCUGAAUCAGUCUGCGCUCCAGUACCAGUUCAUGUCAGGACCGUUUUUCCUUGUUGCGCCAAUCUUCCGCAAUGAGUCGAAGAGAGACGAUAUUGUGCUGCCGUCUGGCGAAUGGAUCGACUACUCUGACGGAUCCCGCUUUACUGGACCUACGACUCUUCAAUCUUACCCAUGCCCACUGGAAGAGCUCCCGGUGUUUGUCCGUGCAGGGGCCAUUAUACCCAUGUGGCCUCAGCUGGACUAUGUUGGAGAAACUCCUUUGGAUGUGUUGACCUUGGAUGUGUAUCCUCCAACGGCUCCCGGCACAUCCAGCUUCACUCUGUAUGAGGAUGAUGGUGUCUAG